GGAAUUAGAUCUUUGAUUUCUGUUCUUCUUCUUCGUCUUUCAUUGUCUCUGAUAUCGGUUUAUUUUUCUGUUCACUAAGUUCUAGGCUACAACAGCUGACAGAAGUGGAUGCCUUCGGUCUCGGUUCGCAACGAUCCCCCGAAGACCCGUCCGGCUGUGCCUGACUAGUUCAUGCUUUGUCAGUUAUUUAUAUAGGCGCAGUCACAAUCGGAAUCUCAAUAGAGGUCGCAUUUGCAUUUGCGUAUUCUUUCUUUCAAUUUCUUCUAUUUUCUCUCGACCACUUCAUCGUCUUUCGACCUCGGUUAGUACAAUACACAUCGACUCCGGUUCUCUGCGCUUUACGAUAUAUAGCGAGAUAUCUGCACCAACGAAUGAAGGACACCGACCACCUUUCACAUUCACCACUAUACGUCUCAGGACUUUGUCCGAGGGCCUGCUGUAGUAUAUGUAGGCUCGCUAGUCCUUAGUCAUGGAGAACCACAACAACUCGGGAGAAAAUGGAAAUUACUGGGGGACUCUGAUCAAUGCUGAUAAAAGCCCCGCUCCUCUGCUCGAGGAACUCUGUAUCGGGCUGGCGCAGUUGAUGGUCAAACUUGACGGCGGCUGCGGUUCAACGGAUCUCACCCCGGAUAAGGUCGCUCGAUUUUAUCGUGAAGUGGGCGGCAAUUACGACACCCUUUUUCUCGAGACAAAGGGAUCUGCGCUGUCCUUCAUCUACCAGUCGCUUGGCUGUUUUCAUACCCUGCAGCCCACGACAAACCCGUUUGAACCGCCUUCGAUACCGGCUCUAUUGCCAACGGGCUUUGUUCGAUGGUUGGUAAUUAACCUGCUGUUAUGUCCAGAUGAGCAUGCACAAUAUCUGCAAGAAGCUGUCAGUCGAUGGGAUGUGCCGAACCCAAAGGGCGGCACCUUUCCAAAAGUCAUCCCUCGAGAAGCCUUCCCAGAAGCACCCGACAAAGAUAUGUGUGAGUGGCACGAAAAUGUGAGCCAAAGACUUCAACAGGACCAUGCAGGCCACCAUUCAUUCCGCCGAAGCCCACCCCCAGAGUUUGUCCGUUAUUACUCAGCGUCAACCAGCGCACGCAAUUAUCGCCAUCCUUUCUAUGACAGAUCUCAUCAGUUCCAUGACGGCAACCCAGCACCAAAGUCGCGAAACUUCAGUGAUCACGCAGAGGACAUUCGGUAUCAUCGAAGACGUCACAGCCCAGACAGCAGAGAAUAUCGUUCGCGAAUGUUUGGUAUUGAUCCAGAUGUCCACUCGAAUUCUCGGACGAGUUCUCGAAACCCAUCACCACGACAGACAACCUCGGCAACUGGAGUCCCCAUGCGGUCAAAAACCACAAGCGCUCGUAGUCGGGAUAUCGCCUCGGAGCGUCUGGCUUCUCACUAUAAACACCGACCGAGGAAUUCGUCUGACUCUUCGAAUAACGACGAUGAUCUAUUACCACCACGACGACAUGCGUCAAUUGAUGACCACCGACAUGGGCGUUCCACUCAUUUGUCUCCAGCUCGUCCGUCGAGACCGCCACGGCGUCAUUCGCAUGAUGCGACUUCGCCCGUGGCAGAGGAUUCAGACACAUCAACGGAUGAUAGGUCGUACCGAUAUCACCGCGAUAUAGCUCCCAAGACAAAGUUUCGCGAACACAUAUUUGACGCGCCUCGCCCUAGUCAAAAGGCUAGCCAGCCAUUGCCGUACGAAAUAAACCCUAAUGUACCCAAUACACCGCGCGUCCACGUCAAGUACGAAGGAUCACCAACAGAAUAUCGCACAUCAAAACGUGAAAGAGGAUCAAGCGGUUCUGAUCGGACGCGUUCGUCGAGUGACGGUAGCGGUGGUGAAGCGAACUGGAAAUAUAGCUCGCAUCGUGCUGGAGGAGCAAAAGUUCCUUAUUGAUAAUCAGCCACUCUGACAUUUGAAAGCAUAUCUACUCAGCUUAUCUCGAGCAGAUACCGCGUAUCUCUGGAUCGUUAUCUUGGACGACUCCACUCACAUUUUCAUCUCACGAUUUGUCUUAAAGCCUUUGAUUGCAUGAUUUGUUGUGAGCGUGUCAAUUUUCUUGUAUGUAUGCAUAUACAUAUACAAUCUGAAUGUAACACAAUCGAGACGAGUCUUGAAAUAGUGAAGAUAUUUCCAAGAAAUACUAGGUCCCAAGAAGAAAAUGAUUUCAUGCUGACAAUUCCGGCCGGUGGGUCAGUCAAGAAGCCACUCCCCGCUUUCCCUGCCGCUACAAAAUCCGACGAUAAGAACUUGACAGUCCAAGCUUCCUUCUUUCCAGCCUUUCAAUCAUUCAUCUUCUCGCUACUCUCUCUCUCUUAUU